AUGGUAACGCAGCAAGCUGGCGACAACGACUUGCAAAAUGCAGAUACUGUGGUUGCAAGGGAAGGAACGGUCAACGGAGACGGCUCGACUCAGCUCGAUGAAACAAAUCUAUCAUCGAAGAGAAAUGAUCGUGAGAUCGAAACCGAGAUUGCGAUGAGAAGGGAUCACGGGACCGAAAGAGAAGAACAAGACAACAGACUGUCUUCAUUGGACCUCAAUCUUGCAGACAACAGAGCAGGACUGGAUCGGUCCGAGGCGACGCAAAGAUCUGAAGAGGACAAGCCGUCUAAGAUCGACGAAGCUGACUCCGCAGAAGCACCAGUCUACUAUCACGAAAGUGGAGAUUCGUUUGCUAAAGAUAUCGAGCAGCACCUGGUGGUGUUACCAGAGAUGUCCACUUCUACGGACGGAGUGACAAUGAACGACGUUCAGAUCGGCGAUCCGGACGUUCCUCUCACCGCAGAUCAACAAAGACUCAUAUCGUCCAUUUGGAAGAGCCGUCACUAUCUUAUGGGAAGGGCAACGCUCUAUCACCAGCGGCACGAGGGGCGAUUGGUGAUAUCGAUGUCGGUGGAGCCGCAACAAUUGCGCAAAGAGUCCGUCCGGUCACACCCAAAUAUCUGGAGAAGCUGUCAGAUUUCAUCAAAGGACUGUCAGCAGCCAAGAUCGUUCAGCCAUCCACGUCACCUUGUGCGUCUCCGAUAG